AUGGCUUCAUUCGCACCUACAAUGACGCCAAUGUUGUCGUCCGUGGUUUUGCUGAGUCUCUGUAAGUAGGUAACAAUUACAAAUUCAUCAUUUAGUACUUACGGUAAAUGGCCGAGAAGAUGUGGGGAUUUUCUACAGUGUGAAUCCCCAGAUUCCUCCGGAUGAUUUUCAAGGAGAGCCUCAUCCUGGUCUUCGGGAGUGCAAUAAACAUCAACUGGAUUACUGUCAAGUCGGUGACGUCAUCUAGAUCAUGAACGUUUUAAUUUAGGGACAAUUGGCUAUUCAUCUCGGAAUCGACAAGGCUUUAUUCAAGAAACCAGCUGAAUUAAUCAAACAUAUUGAAAAUCUGAUCUUCCACGAUGUAAGUUGAUUGAAAAAACGCGACCCCUCAGGGCACCAACGGUAUCUUCAGUCUGUGCAAGGCCAGGACUGACUUCCACACUUGCCUAGCCUCCAAUUACAUUCCUUGCACCGAUCUCUUCAACAUCCUCAAGUUCCAAGGUCAUUCUGUCCGCGAUUCUUUCAUCUUGGCCGACCUCUAUGAUAACAUGGACUUUGAUUGUAAUGGUGGAUUCUUGCGUAUGUUGAAUUUGAAAAAGCAAUAAGAUUACCGGACAAUCUCUUUUAGAGGGAAUUCGCCAUUGGGAUUGCAUCGAGAGAAUGCAUACGUCAGAUGAAUACAAACAACAUACCGAACAGUGCUUCAAACAAUACAACGACACCAUCCACAAGAACCCUCAACAAUAUUGUCAGGCGGCAGAAAGUUUCAGUUUCUGCCAAGCUAUUGUUUUUGGAGGCCAUGAAGGUUGUGAUGCGAAAGAAGUAAGGCGAAAUAUAAUACAUAGUAUUGUAACCAAUUCAUCUUAGCUGAUAUGGUGGGAAUGCGAGAGAACUCUGAGAAGAUCUCAACUCGAUGGAUUCUGCAGUAAAACAACUUGCAGUAAAGUGUUCACUUACGACCAAUCCGAGGCCCAAUCCACUCCUCAAAAGCUUACAAUGUUUAGCGAAAGUAAGUAAUGAAUAUCUUUAGAAUUUAAUCGAAUUAUUUCAGAUCACAAGAAGUAUUUCAAGGAAGUGGCUUCCAAGAAUCGUAAACUGGCUGCAUCCCUCAACUAA